CAACGAACCCCAUGGAAAUUCCGACAAAAAUUGAAACGUUUAAACAGUCAACAGUAAGCAGAAUGUGACCAACUUUCACAACUGUUGAUAAGAUAUUGACGUCGUCAGUAAUGGCAGACAGAAAGCGUCGUGAUUCAGCUGUUGAGUCUGAUCUCUUGCAAAAGCGUUUUAGAGCAGACUCCAACAGCAAAGACGAUGGUGAGGGUGAUGAUGAUGAUGAUGAUGAUGAUGAUGGUGAGGAGGAGGAGGAAGAAGAAGACAAUGUUACCAAUAUAUACUGUCAACUUUCUGAAUAUGACCAGGCGAUCCUACUUCAUUUGUUGACAGGAGAUGAAGUGAUUUAUUCUAGGGAGAUAGAUAAAGGGGAAUUCCAUAAAUAUUUGGAAAAUACUAGAAGCUUGUGUGACAUGGACAGCAGACCAUUAGAGGAGGAUAUCCGUUCUAUUAAAUCAAUGACAGACAAAGGAGACGUGCUGAAAAGGGACGAGGAAAAAGUAGAGUUUUCUUCUCCUGAGGUCAGAGUUAGGAUUAUUGAAGACUUUGCAGACAGUGUCAGAACUGACAGUGAAUAUCUGAUAUUGAGCAUGAUUAUUGAGAAGAACUGGUAUUACCCCAAAUAUGAAGGAAUUAGAAAACGAAUCAUCCAGAACAUUCUGCAGCCUUUUGUCUGGAGAAAAGGACUUGACUUCAUCGACUUCUUUGUCACAAAGGAAUAUCUGAAUGUCACAAAGGAUUGGUUGCUUCAUUAUGGACGGAGCGUUAUCACCGAAAUACUAAAGCUACCUGCAGAAGUGUGGAAUAUGUGUACAUAUCAGAAUGAAAAGUGGAUAGGAUUUAAAGGAUUUGUACAACAACAUAUGGAACUGUGCCAGAAAAGCAUCUCUGAAUUGAAUUUAGACAAUCUCCUGGGAUCAUACGUGAUUGGCUUUGGGACAGGAAAUGAAAUAGAUAUGUAUGGGCCGUCACCCAGCACCCAAAAAUGUAACAUUCUUUGUCACAUCUUGACAUCAGAGGAAUACUGCGCGUCAUUAAGUUCAUCAUGGAAAGACAAAACAAGAACUUUGGGAGAAGUAUUUCCAAUCCUACAGAACGACUCUAUAGUCGACGAAGUCGAUGUCAUUAAGGAAUUGAUUGAAACUGACAAAGUACUGACAUAUAAAGCAAGGAAUAACGCCGUUGGCUUCGUGUCCGACGAUGUCCGUCAUCAGGUGAUGAGUUACUUUGUCCUGAAUUGUCUGAACACUGUCGAUGCCUAUGAGAACUACAUCCGAUUGUCGUCAGUAGACUCGUUGUUGGAGUAUGUACGUCCGUGGUGGUACAACAGAGAUGCAUAUGAACGAUGUAUGUACCUACCGAAGGAACUGAAGACGACACACAUACAAAGGCUUGGCUUGAUGGCCUUACGUUACUACCCUAUACUAGACUACCAGGAUUUGGUGGAAAAAGAUCAUGAUGUGUUGGAAGCCCUGUGCCUUCCCUAUGAUGUAUUCAAUCUUGGUUACGAUACCACGAGCCGGUUAAUACAAUUCACAAAGACACUGGAAUCACAGCGACAGGCGCCCCCCGGUAUCCUGAGUCACAACAGUGCUCUUGGAUCAUUUUUAAUCCUUGAGAAUUUGGACAAAACAAUAGAUUUGUAUGGACUGUCACUCUCCAGACAAAAAUGGAGCAUUCUUAUCCACAUCUUGACAUCAGAGAAAUACAAUGCGUCUCUAAAUUCAUCAUGGAAAGAUAAAACAAGAGCUCUGGGAGAAGUAUUUCCAGUCCUGCAGAACGACUCUAUAGUCGAUGAACACGAUGUCAUUAAGGAAUUGAUUGAAAAUGACAAAGUACUGACAUACCAAAAGAACAAUAGCUCCGUUGGGUUCGCGUCAGACGAUGUCCGCCAUCAGGUGAUGAGUUACUUUGUCCAGAAUUGUCUGAACACUGUCGAGGACUAUGAGAACUACUUCAGAUUGUCGUCAGUAGACUCGUUGUUGGAGUAUGUACGUACGUGGUUGUACAUCAGAGAUACAGAUGAACGAUGUAUGUACCUAACGGAGGGACUUGAGGAGUCCUUUAUCAAGGGACUUGGAAUUGAUGCAAUACGUCAUAUAAUGGUGGAGGAUAGAGAAGACAGUGACAGUGACAGUGACGAAGGAGAGAACUGCAUUCUAGAUGAAGUGAAAAAAAUACUUAAUGAGGUACCAGAGGAAAUCUUUGACUGGGAUUACGAAGCACGGUGUCGGUACGUGGAGUGUGCUAAAAGAGGAACACAGACAAUACACAGAGCGCGUCUGAUGAUCGUGGGCUGUGCCGGAGCUGGUAAAACUACUCUUCUUAGACGUCUACAGAAACAGGGUAUAGAGGAGUUAAAACAAGUGGAGUCUACUGUAGGACUGGAGGUUCAUGAAGAUAUGUUUGAAAUAACAGACAAUGGUUGCUUGAGAGCACUAUCCGAGGACACGGGCAAAGAGGACAAGCAGAUUCUGAGUGUCGUUGACUUCGGGGGACAAUGCGCCUAUUACGCCUGUCAUCAAGUUUUCCUCAGCAGAAGAGCAUUUUACCUCCUGGUUUUGGACAUGUCUAAACCUUUCACUGAAAAAGUUGAUGAGAGUUUGUGUGAACAAAACGGAACCAUGUUUGCCGACUGGACUUACGGAGGGUAUGUUAUGUUCUGGCUUAAGUCAAUCCACACAUAUUGUGCAGAUGAUACGGCAAUAAUUGUUGUAGCAACGCACAGUGAAAAUACCGACGAAAGGGACAAGAGGGAUUUUUUUGAUAGACUUUUGGAUUUGCUACCGGCAGAUGAUGCAAAGCUGAAGAAGCACUUUCGCCGGAAUAGAUGUUUCUUUAUCGGUCUACCUAUUGGUGAUACCCACUGCUUAAAUCCAUUGUCUGACUUAGAAAACUGCAUUGUUUCCAUCGCCAAGGAACAUAGGUGGAAAGAAUCUAUUCCCAAAGAAUGGUCGAUGAUUGAAUUAGUUUUUAUGAAGCGGAAGGAAAAGGCGAAGAAUGAAUUAGAUGAAAUGGAUGAAGAUGUUGAGUCAAUUCAAAGAAUUAUCUCAGUCAGCGAACUUGAAGAGAAAUUUUGGCUUGAUUCGGAAAAUGCCCAUAUGGAGGUUCAAGAUGCUUUGCGCUUUUUCAAUGACAUCGGUUUAAUUCUCUACUUCAAUGAAGAGGAACUGUCAAAAUCACUUGUUAUCGAUGUCCAGUGGUUUAUUAAUUCUUUCAAGUUCAUCAUAUCAGACAGGAGACACGUCCGAGAUUUGGCCGAAACUGACAGGGACUGGCAAUAUUUCAACCGAACUGGAUAUCUCCUAAAUAACCUUCUUUAUCGUAUCUGGGAAGCAAUAUCAAUAGACUUGUACGAUGAGGAUUUAAUAUUGCAUUACAUGCAAAGGCUCGGCCUAUUGGCGAUUGGGGAUGAUAAACAUUAUGUUCCAUCUAUGAACAAACGAAACUUUGAUGAAGAAGAAACGAUCGCACUGCGGAGAAUGGAAACAAAAUCGUCAGUGCUGGUAUUUCAUUUCCAGUUCCUGCCUUUCUUCUUCUACUGUCGGUUGAUAGUUGCCUGUAUUGUGGGUACUGAAUGGAAAGUGGUGGAAGAUGAUGGGAUACCGUGUCUAUAUAAAGAUGUCGCUGUAUUUGUUUACAAAGACCACCUUAUUGCCCUCGUUGUGACGAUGUCAGCAAUUCAGGUUCAGAUAUUUCGUAAACAAAAUACACCUAUAGAUCCUGAUAUCGCCUCAAAUAUAAAAACAACUCUAGAGAACAGACUGGGAUACUUAACGAGCACAUUUCACAAAAAAGUCACAUACAGAGUCGCAUUCCAAUGCUCUGUCCAAGAUGUGUUGACUUCAGAUGUGAAUUGCUAUGUGUAUGAAGAGGAAAUAUCAGACGGAGGACAAAUAGUGUGCCCGAGACAUGCUCUUACUGGAAAUCAUUUACUAGAUGUGGAAGCUCUUACCAGGUUCUGGAAGCCUAAACCGUUUGGUUUUGGGUUGGUGUAUACGACAGAUGAAGAGAAAAUUCAGAAACUUGUGAAAACUGGAAGGGAUGCUUUACAAGAGUAUUUUGACACAAUAUUUCCACCGGAGGAUUUAGAAAAGUGUCUCCAGGAUCACAAGACUCAUCUAACAAAGGGACAUUACAAAUUCAAUGAUGAUCAGAUAGGAAUUGUUUACCCACCAGGCUGUAGUACAAAAGUCAUAUCUAAGUCAUUUGAUGUUACAAUCAUGUACAAACUUCUGAGGAACUUUGGCGACGGUGUAUCUUCCCCAACUAAUGGCUGGGGGAAGGAGCCAGUGGUUGGACAGAAAACGAUUGGAGAUGACAUCGAAAGAAUACGAAAGUUCAGGAACAUGAUUGCACAUGGUACACUGACUGGAAAAUGUAUGGAUGGGGAAGAUUUCAGACUUUACUGGGAGGAAUUGGCACAGGCAAUACUGAGACUUACAAAUGGUUCAUACAAGAGUAGAAUUGAUGCAAUUCAUCGUUAAUCUCAAAAGGACCCCAUAAGGCCAAACGAAAGUUCAACAAACCAUUCCUCGGAUUCAAAUGUCAGACUAUUUCGUUGUCAAGAAAUAUCCUUGAUGCAUGGACAAUACUUUUCACGACAUAAUUUAAAAUAAUAAUGGAUUAUUAUUCAUGAUCAUAGAGAUGGUUUACAAUCCACGGUUACAUGUAUUAACAUGGGUACACAAUCAAUAAUGAGGAAAAGACAGAUGUUCUGAUGAACUGUGGUUUACGAAAUCAUGUCCUGUGAAAACAUGGGAAAAUUACAUAUGAUAUGUAUUAUGAUUUUUUUUCAAAAUGUAUGCGGAUAUAUUUACAUGUACAGCAUAAAGGUUUAGCAAUAUUUUCAUUACAAUUCCUCAAUGGAAUUAUAAAGUAUAUAUUUUAGAAUCCUACAGUGUAUGAGUUGAAGUAGAUGACGAAUAGUCACUUCCGGUAGAGAAUAAAGCGAUGCUCGACACGUUCAUACGUCGACGGAAGUUGGUUAUAAACACCGUAUGCAUUGUUUUACCGCUGUGUGUAUCUUCACCUUUUUUGUAUAAUGUUCCUGUCACAAUUGUGUUUGAAGACGAACGAUUUUAACAGUUAAUGCCAAUGCAAAUCAAUGAAAACAGCUACGUAAGGGGCUAAUAUCACGUAGUUAGGAAACCAGGAAUUCAUUGCUGUACUGUACUUUAGUAAAACAUCGAUGGGCGUAGAUUUAUGUACCAUUUCUGAAUUACAUCGUACUUUGUAUUAUUUAGAAACCAUGUUUUUAUAGAGUUCAAUUUAAACUGCUGUUAAAGAAAUCAUGUAACAUGGGGAUAUUUGACGAAAUUAAAAAAAAAUUAAAUCAUUACUCGAGAUCUGAACGCGUUAUGAACGGAACAAUGUAAUAGUCAAAAUAGAAAUUUAAGAUGAUUAUUUGUUCAUUUCGUAAUAUUCAUUAAAAUGCGAAUACCAAAACAAUCCGUGGUAAGCAUUACUAACAUUGAGUAUUCGGUACUAAGUAGAUGGACAACUAUAGUAUUAUAUGCUCUCAUCUUCACCAUUAGCGUCAUACAUUGAUUAAAACGAUUGUAUACUGAACAAAUUUCUGACUCCCCACUCAAGUUUUUGCAUUAUAUUCUAAUCAUAUUUAAUCACUUGAAUAUAACUAUUGAUUUGUAUAAAGAAUAAGUUAUAAAACAACAUCUCAUCUGUAGUGAAACCGCCUCAUCCAUAAAGCACAAAAACGUAUCGGUAUCAUAUUUGUAAUUCGCAACAUCUAAAUCUACGUACCGCUCUCAUUCUACGAGUAUUUGAUGAAUAUGCCAGCGGAUGUAAAUUAGCUUCAUCAUUUUGAUAGUUAACAGUCAAACAAAAAAGUUUAAUCUUACCAUAAAAAAGUACCAAUUAUUUGGAAUUCGCAACAUCUAAAUAUGCGUUGGUCCUCAUGUUGGGGCCAUCUGAUGACUAUACUAGCUGUAUAGUAUAGCGGAGAAGGCUUAUAUAGGUUCCAAGCCUGCUGCCUAAUCCAUUUAUGUUUCAUACAUAAUAAAAUAUUGUUUAAAUUAAAUACUAGCGGUUUGUAAUGAUUGAUGUAAAUUAGCUUUAUCAUUUUGAAAGUUAAUAAUCAAAGAAACAGCUAUACCCCGGUAGUAAAGGAAAACUAACCUUUAGUGAACUGCUCCAGCUUCGACAUACCAAUAGGCCCUGCACGUUUUUGUGCGGUCAUGCCUUGCAUUUUACUACAGUAAGUUUGUAUUUCGUAAAGACAAUUUAGAUAUAGAUAACCCAAUGUUGGAAAUGAAUCGUCAACUGGAAUCGAACACGAUUUUUUUUAACAUAGCUGGUCAGCGUCCAGAAAAGACAACUGUGAUUCCAUUUGUUGCCGACUUAUAACGAAGGUAUUUAACCCGGCAGACGCUAAUGUUAGCAAAUUAUUAUAUACUGCAAUAAUUUCUUUUAAUUUUCAAAUUGUAAAAGUAGGAGAGAUGAGUAUAUUUAUGUACAGUCUAUAACAAUGUAUACCGAUAUGGGGUAUUGAAGAAAGUUUGUUCUGUUAGAUGAUAAUAUAUCUUCAUUAACAGAGUAACAAUAAAAGUACAACCGUUGUUCAAUGCUCUACUUUGUAUAACAAGUUCAUACUGCUUUUAUCAGAUUAGAGUGUUAUUCUACCAAAUCUCGCAUAUCUAUAUAUUUAAAAUCGAAUGUGACUUCGUCCUGCCAUGCUGGUUGCUGGUUAUAGAUUGAGCCAUGUUGCAUUGCUGCUACUUAUAGGACUGGUAUUUUGAUAAAGGGUUGGGAAUGGCGAUUGUAAUUCAAAUUAUCCCCAACACGUUGUAUGCCCUGUAUAUGUUUAUGAUUGUCAUGUUUCUAAUAAAACAUGUAUUUCAACGUUUUAAUUCUUCCAUGAAACUAAUAUUGCGUGUGAAUGACCGUUCAUUAUUGACAUUGAAUUAUAUACCUAUUUGUAUGAAAAAAAAGAAAUUGAAAUUGAAUGUAUUACAGCGGAAUGUACUUUUUGUCUAUCAAAAUUAAAUGAUUGAUUGAU